GUGGUUGAGACAGGCAGCAGCAUGAGAUCCAUCAGCGUGUGGAUACUAACAUCUUUCACCACAGUUUGGUCGAGUUUGCACCCAGAGUGUGAAUAUAUAUUUCAGUUGGAGAGAGAGGAGCAGCGGUGUCAGAGAGAAAUUGCUGAGCAUGCAAACCUCAGCGCCACAGGCUGUCCCCCAGUAUGGGACUCUGUAGUGUGCUGGCCGAUGGCAGCAGUUGGAGAAACUGUGCACUCCCCCUGUCCUGCUGUCUUCUCUCUCUUCAGCAACAACACAGGUACAGUGAGUCGUAACUGCACCAGUGCAGGCUGGUCACACCCUUUUCCCCCGUACCAUGAGGCCUGCAGCGUGGAGGACGAAAUCCCAGAGGAGUCAUAUUUUGCUACAGUAAGAUUGAUCUACUCCAUCGGCUAUGGAGCCUCCCUCUUCUCCCUCACCGUUGCCGUGGUAAUCCUGGUCUUCUUCAGGAGGCUGCAUUGUGCUCGAAACUACAUCCACAUUCAGUUGUUCUUCAGCUUCAUCCUCAAAGCUGCAUCUGUGUUCAUAAAGGAUGCUACACUGUUUGCUGGCGAAGACACUGACCACUGCACUCUCUCUACGGUGAGUCCUGGAGCUUUUAUGGCUUCUUUCUUUCUUUCUUUCUUUCUUUCUUUCUGUCUUUCUUCCUUCCUCUUUCUGCAGGCUGCCUGUAAGGCGUCUGUGGUGUUCUGUCACUACUGUGUGAUGAGUAAUUUCUCGUGGCUGUUGGUGGAGGCAGUGUAUCUGAACUCUCUGUUGCUCUCUGCCUUCCCUCGCAGCCGCCGCUGUCUCUGGGGCUUUGCUCUGCUGGGCUGGGGAGUACCGCUGGUGUGUAUCAUCCUCUGGAUUGGCUCACGAGUGUAUUUUGAGGACACAGAAUGCUGGGACAUUAAUGAAGAUUCUCCUUAUUGGUGGAUCAUCAAGGGACCGAUUGUUGUAUCCAUAGGGAUCAACUUCCUGCUGUUCAUAAACAUCAUAAGGAUUCUGGUCCAGAAGCUGAACCCGCGGCUCAUCCAGUUCAACAACUCCGCACAGUACAGACGCCUGACCAAGUCCACUCUUCUCCUCAUCCCCCUGUUCGGGACCCAUUACGUGGUGUUUAACUUCCUGCCGGAUUACUCCAACCUGAGCCUGCGUCUCUGCAUAGAGCUCUGUCUCGGCUCUUUCCAGGGGCUUAUUGUGGCGAUUCUCUACUGUUUCCUUAACCAGGAGGUCCAGAAUGAGGUGCAGAUGAGGUGGAUGCGCUGGCAGGAGGGCAGUUAUGGAGUGGUUCCAGCUGGAGCCAAAGGCAGUCAAAUGGACACACCGUUCUAACCCCUUCACGUCCACAAGUUCAGACUCUAAGCUCCAAACACCAUUGAUUCUGCUGUACAGUCAGCAGUUUUCUACCUGAACCACAUCCAACAAACUUUAUGUGCUUUCCAGUAAAGCUACAAGUCUGUAAUUGUUGGCUCUGUUUCUAGAAUGUUCCCCUCACUUUUCAGUUCUUCAUCUGGACAUUUCAAACACAGCCUUUAAAAUGUAAGCUGUUUUGAGUCAGGUGGUCCAUUUUAGGAGACAGUGCUGACCGCUUCAUUAUCUGUAUGAGUUAACAGCAGGAAUAGGAAUAUCAGUUAAUUAUCUUCUUAAAUAUCUGCAUUUUUUAACAAAUAGCAUUUAAUUUUAAGAUUAUGAAACAGGAAAUUUUGAACCUGAUCAUUAAGUUGAUUUAUUUUUGUGUUUAGGCGAAUGUGAUUUAACACCGUUGACUACGAACCAUAAACAGUUGCAACGACUCCUUGUAAAUAUUUCCAUUUGUAGCUCUGCUUAAAUGGCACCAUUUUGCUUAGAGACACAUUAUCAGCUGCUUGUGUUAACAUGUUUCUACACCACAUGUUCUAAAACGUAUUUAAAACAGAUGCUUUAUUUGAAUACCCAAUUAAGUAAAUGAAUACUCAGAUCAUUUUGGUUCUUCAACCACUUGAGUUGUUCAACAGAAAAUGUCAUGCUGGGAUAAACUGGUAUUUUACACAUCUGUUACACACUAACAGAAUUUAUCAUCAGUAUAUUUUUGUAGCAUCCAUCCUCCUCAACUGUUAGCCCUGCUGUGCUAAAGCUCCUCUCUCUACUGCUGCUAGUUGCAGAAAUUUUUAACACACUUCAGGUAGACUUAACAAGCAAGUGGAAAGAUAUGCUUUUACCUUUCACCAACCCAACACAUCCUCCUCAUCAUCCGUGGUUUCAUUCAGUAGUGGCGAACCGUGACUAUUAGUGCUAGGUGCUUCAGUUUUGGCCAUAAAUGUCAAAAUUCAGUCAAAGACACCUCUGCAGUGUCAACGCUAAGCUAUCAACGAUGACCAUUUUUUGGCAAUUCUAGAUUAAACAUGGACAUGUGAAGCUUGUAAAAGACACUGCAGAUUUUUUUCAUGGAGCUUGUAGCAAACAUUAACAUACGUUUUACCUUGUAUGUUGCACUUUUACAGAGCCCUGGCAUAGAGACGCUUCCAUUUCUAUCUGACUGAAACACACUGACCAGACUACGGCUCGCAUUCACAGUCAGGGACGUGUCUAGGACUUCUAGUAGGUCAAGAGUUUUUCACACAAAUUGGUCACACAAGUUGUAAAUCAAAAAGCGAUCAGCUGAUUCCAUUGUCAAUUCAUAUCUAUGUUGGUGGUUAAU